AAACACGGCUGUUAUCAUAGAACUACGGGUUCGCCCGUCCUUUUAUAUCGCAUUUUGUGUUUUCGUAGCACAACUUUUUUCUCGUUCUUAAACGAAGAUAACACAAGUAUUAAUAAAGAGGCUAGUGGAAACUCGCUCUUUAAAAAAAAAAGAAGAAAAAAAGGAAGCGGACAUGGAAAAUUGCUCGCUACUUUACCCUUUUUGGCUCACGGGAAUUUACCCUUUACAAUAAAGUAGAUACAAAAAGUAUAGCACUUGUUUUUUCGUAGCACUACGUUUUUUCUCACAAACUGGUAAUACGAUGGUAGAAAUAACGAUAAGUUGUUUUUUUCUAUAAAGCAUAUACACGGAAUUACCUUAUUAAAUUCUGGUAAUACUGUUGUUUGUUGUUUACCACCGCUGGCAAUUCAUUUCAACUAAUCUCCAAAACAAGUUUAACCUACGCCACCUCUCUUUACACUCAGACCAAUUUAUAUUGUAUGAAAUAAUCCAAAAAAAUGCAAAGAACAUUCUAAAAAACGAUGUCUUAAACUUAGCGAACAUUUAGCCUUAUGUACUGCUAUUAAUGUUUAUUGAGACUGUACCCAGGAUCAGGAGAAGAAGGUUAUCCUCAUGCUCACAUGCUAAGUCAAUAACAUAGACUGCUAUUGUUUACGUUGUCACUUUGCUUUAAGGUUUACACCUGUUGCCUUAGUUAUAGUGCACUGCAACUUGCACUUUGUUAUUGCGCUUUGUUAUUUUGAAAAUUAUUAAGUCUAAAAAAACUUGUACUAUUUUUUUACGACACCAACCGUUGAUGAACUUUGUAAUUUUCCUGAUUUUGCUGAUGGAAAAAUCUUUUUUCGCACAAUAAGGUAAAACUUCUGCUUGAUAUGAUCAAAUGAAAAAUAAACCUCCACCUUGGGCUCAAAAGCUAAGGCCAAUAGAUAUGCUUACUCUUAUUUCUGUCCACUUACAAAAAUGUUUGUUUUCAUAAAUAUAAAUGAGAAUAUAUUAGGGGAGGGAGAUUCUUGUAGUUGUUUGGGAGAUCAAACAAGAAAACUUACGCUUUCCUAUAACUGACAGUCUCUUUGUACUGCGCUGUUCGACAAAUUCAUUUUUUCUUUAUUUUUGUUUCACAAUCACAGCUAUGAAAAGGCUUAAACUCAUGGUUUACUUGUUAAAUUAGUCAACUGACACCUUUCUUUUUUUCAUUAUCUACUGUAAAUUAACGUUAUAUAUUUUAACAUUUUAACAGAAUCAAGGCUGAUGCUUGUUUGAAAAAUUGACGAAGAAUUACGUGCUCGUUUCUAAUGUGUAGAUCACUAAAAAUUAAAAACAGAUGGCCAUAAUUAAGGAAACAUAAAUACACAAACUUUUUUAAUUUCCCAGAUUACACAGUGAAAUCUAAUUCAAGGAAAUAUAUUCUAACAUUGGUAAUGCUGAAGAGUAAUGAAGCAUGAAACAUUUAGGUUGACUAAUGUUAUACUGGUGAACUCUGAAUGCUUAAUGAGGCACGCACAACUUAAAACAAGAUUUAAUUAGUAUAAAUAAUAAUAUUCCAAAGUAAAGCGGAACAAGAAGCACUGUAUAACAAAGUUUAUCCGGUAUUUUACUUUCUAAUGAUAAAGAGUAGGCCUUGUUUUCAAAAAAAAACAAGCACUAAGCAUUGUGGCUCAAUUUCUUGCAAUGAAUUUAAAUGAUUAGAUAAAAAUUAUAAAGUAUCAAAAGACUAGUUUUACUUAGCAAUACAUAGUAUCUUUCUUGUAUAUCACAGAAACGGGGAAAUAUUCGUUCAGGCAGAUAGCUACAACUUAUAGCGCAAUGCAGUGAGGGGAGACUACUUUUCCCCCCUCUCUGUAAUUUCUAAAGUCGUUGUUAAAUAAACAUUAAACUUAAGAAAAAUAUUGCCCAGACUUUAAGUAACAACGGCGUCAUAAAAUUUACUAAAGUUGGUGUAAUUUUAUAUGACAAUAUUUGUAUGGUUGCUUGGUAUUUUGUCACACUAACGCGAGAAACAAAAAAUAUCUAUCAAUAUUUACUAAGAAUUCACCUAAAUCUUGUAAAAACAACCAAAAGAAAAAUAAUUUUUAAAAAAAAAUUCGGGAAAAUUAAAGGCUAAAUAAAAGUUACAAAACGUAACAAUAUAUCAAACAAAAGUCAUCAAAAAAAGUUGAACAGGGGGCUCCACCCCCCUUAUUUAGCUCUUGAAAUUUAACAUUUAAAAAUUAAAGUUGGUUUUCGUGUAAGUAACGCCAUGUGUUUUAGGAACAAAGUUAAUCCUUCGAAAAAACUUUUCUGCUGUUACAACAAGUAAUUUCAGUUUACUUCAAAGGUAAAAUAAUUGGCAGACAUUUAGCAUCUGGCGAUAUAUAACCUAGCCAAGUUCUUCGUGGUGACAUACCUCUGUUGUUUUGGACGCAUAAGUUUAUAUCGCCUUAAAAAUUUAGAAUUUAUUUCAGCAGUUGGACGAUUUUUGGAAAUAAAUUCAUUUUGUGUUCUGAGAAAAAUUUAAAUUUAUUCAGUGUCAUAAAUAAAAUGCUUAGGUUUUGCCAACACGGUACAAUGAAAGAGUGAGGGACUUUUUUAGACAAUGUACUAGAUUGAGUAAAAGCACAACUUCUGUACAAGUAUUUAAUAUUAGCGUCUCAUUUCAUAUAAUUAACAAACCGUAAAAAAGUUGGUAAUAAUCCUUAAUUGUUUAGAUCCUUAUUGUUAAUCCGGUCUGACUGUAACUUUUGAUUUUAACAAUAAACCCAAAAUGCAAGUGCGACGAAACAAUGUGGCAAAAAGAGACUGGAGCUGAGUAAAGUACCUAUAAAUACAGAAAAUUUAGUUCAAUCUUUAGUCAAAUUCGGCAGUUGAAACAACCGCAUCAAGAUGGAGCAAACUCUAUUCAUGACCCUAAGCUUUGCGCUGGUUGGAGCAUAUUUAGCAGCCCCGCUGUACUUUCACACGAGCAACACAAACACCGGAAAUACCUUUCAUCACAUUGGAAACAACGGAACGCAAAAUGGAGGACAAACCUACGGUGGUCCUGAGCCAAAACCGUGGUUUCACACAAGCAACACAAACACCGGAAAUACCUUUCAUCACAUUGGAAACAGCGGAACACAAAAUGGAGGACAAACCUACGGUGAUCCUGCGCCAAAACCGUGGUUUCACACAAGCAACACAAACACCGGAAAUACUUUUCAUCACAUUGGAAACAGUGGAACACAAAAUGGAGGACAAACCUACGGUGAUCCUGCGCCAAAACCGUGGUUUCACACAAGCAACACAAACACCGGAAAUACUUUUCAUCACAUUGGAAACAGCGGAACACAAAAUGGAGGACAAACCUACGGUGAUCCUGCGCCAAAACCGUGUUUUCACACAAGCAACACAAACACCGGAAAUACUUUUCAUCACAUUGGAAACAGCGGAACACAAAAUGGAGGACAAACCUACGGUGGUCCUGCGCCAAAACCGUGUUUUCACACAAGCAACACAAACACCGGAAAUACUUUUCAUCACAUUGGAAACAGCGGAACACAAAAUGGAGGACAAACCUACGGAGAUCCUGAGCCAAAACCGUGGUUUCACACAAGCAACACAAACACCGGAAAUACCUUUCAUCACAUUGGAAACAGUGGAACACAAAAUGGAGGACAAACCUACGGUGAUCCUGCGCCAAAACCGUGUUUUCACACAAGCAACACAAACACCGGAAAUACCUUUCAUCACAUUGGAAACAGUGGAACACAAAAUGGAGGACAAACCUACGGUGAUCCUGAGCCAAAACCGUGGUUUCACACAAGCAACACAAACACCGGAAAUACCUUUCAUCACAUUGGAAACAGUGGAACACAAAAUGGAGGACAAACCUACGGUGGUCCUGCGCCAAAACCGUGGUUUCACACAAGCAACACAAACACCGGAAAUACUUUUCAUCACAUUGGAAACAGCGGAACACAAAAUGGGGGACAAACCUACGGUGAUCCUGAGCCAAAACCGUGGUUUCACACAAGCAACACAAACACCGGAAAUACCUUUCAUCACAUUGGAAACAGUGGAACACAAAAUGGAGGACAAACCUACGGUGAUCCUGCGCCAAAACCGUGGUUUCACACAAGCAACACAAACACCGGAAAUACUUUUCAUCACAUUGGAAACAGCGGAACACAAAAUGGGGGACAAACCUACGGAGAUCUUAAAAUGAAGAAAGCGUGAAGUAGCGUCGAAAAAGAAACUUAGAGAAUAUUUCCAUCAUGAAUAUUGUUUAAUUUGUGUACAAUUUUAUAUUUGGAAAUAAAAAAACAUCAUAAUAUCAUUGCAUUUAUUCAACAGGUUUUGUUCCAACCAAUACACACAGGACAGCGAGUUUAGAAAUUUGUGGAAAAGUGUUUAUUUUCUAAUUCGCUGCGCUCAACCGAAAAUAACCUUAUUUAUUAUUUAUUUUCUUAUUUUUGUGACAGGGAAGACUCAAAGAACUUUGACUAGUCAUCUUAGUUAGGAACCGUGUGCUAUCGGUAGUCAUAACACAAUAUAAUACAGCUAUAUUUCCUACGAACUAAAUUACAACCACUAAUUUACAUUCGAAACGUUUCCGAAAUCGUGACUAAGCCGGAU